CCCGUAGCAUCUCAUCUGGCGCGUUCGGUUCCUGGUUACUCAUAAUAGUAAAGCCCGAACAUGGGAAGGUAUGAAUUGAUGGUCACUGAACGUAUUCAAGCGGAUAUGUGUAAACAAUUUAGGUAUUUGCAGCGUUGGGAUUUCUCUGUUACGGCCAUUUUUCUCCUACAGAGGAAAGCACACGGGUGUCAUGCUUUCAAUGAGUUAAGUGAAUGAAUUACUAGGGCGUGCUUAAAUAGUUGGCCAGAGUUGCUUGCAUUAUCAAGGACCCAAGUCUUCUCGUACCCCAUGUUGCAAUCCCCCCGUGUCUUAUACACAGUCAUAUCCUGUGGUUUGGUUGGCGUGGCACACAGUUUUCCGACAUUCCAAUGGCCCAACCCUCAACUGGCGUACGCGGAUAACCAGCUCUACGAGGGUGUAUUGGACAUUCUAGCACAAAAUUGCCCCGCGCGAGAGAACACAACUAUAAACGCGGAGUGGCUUCGCAUUGCGUACCAUGACAUGUCUACACAUGAUGUUGAUGAUGGAACAGGCGGGCUGGAUGCAUCGAUUCAAUAUGAGCUCGAUCGACCUCAGAAUAUUGGCCAAGGAAUGUUCGAUUCGCUGAAUGAUUUCAAGGCUUUCGAUAUUAUCGCUCCGUUUUUUGGAAUGGCGGAUACAAUCGCAUUGGGAGCGAUAUUUGCUGUCGCGGGAUGUGGAGGUCCUCUUAUCCCUUUCAGUGCUGGUCGUGUCGACGCGACUGAAGCCGGCCCAGCAACCGUUCCAGAACCCCAACAGGAUCUCGCCUCGCACACAGAAGCCUUCCGGCGCCAGGGGUUCACUCCCACAGAAAUGAUAGGUCUUGUUGCAUGCGGACAUACCCUUGGAGGGGUUAGACAAGUGGAUUUCCCGUUGGUUGUAACGGAUACUGAAGAUGUGCUUCAAACAUUCGACACCACUAUCAAUUUUGAUAACGCAGUUGUAUCCGAGUACCUUCAAAACACGACUCAAAAUAUCUUGGUCGUUGGACCGAACGUCACCACCAGGUCGGAUUUUCGAAUUUUCUCGAGUGAUGGAAACGAAACCAUGCAAAGCUUCCUUUCUUCCAACACGUUCAACGAAACUUGCGGCAACCUAAUUGAGCGGAUGAUCAACACUGUUCCCAGCGGUGUGACACUCACUCAACCUAUUUCCGAGCCAUUCGACUACGUUGUCGCCGGACCUUUGUUCUCCUAUCGGAAUGGUACAUUGUCUAUGGUCACCCAUUUGCGAGUCAUGACAGACAACCCCAGUCGUACAGUAACCAUGCUCUGGGCGGAUCGACAGGGAUCAUUCUGCCCGUCCACUGGAUGCACCACGCCUGCGAUAGACAAUAUCCAGGUUUUCUUCACUUUCAUCGGUAAUAUGCAAGGCCUUACCGCGGAUCGAUACGUGUUCAAUGCGACCAUCAACCCGGCCACCUCUAUCUCGAAGUUCUGGUUCGAAAUCAACGAAAACGACGGGUCCGACCCCAUCAUAGUAGAUAAUGGCGGCUCUGGCUUUGUGAUAGAACAGGAUUCGGUGUUUGUAGAUGACCGCCGAAGCGAAAAUGUUUUUGUGUCUCCCGCUUUUAGUGAAUUCACGAAAGUCGUCGUGGCGAUCCGUGGUGAUGCUUCUUCCAGCGUGUCAAUUACUACGUUUGAUCCAAAUUCGGAUGCUACGACUCCUCCUUACUUGCCUACGAUCACCACAACUAAUUUGCAACUCGACGACAGCAAUCCGGCAGAAGGAGGAUUCACUUUCUUCACGGCCAAUAUUAGUGGAAGUGUGAACUUUUUGAACAUCUCUGGAAAUGUUGGUGGUGUGUCAUAUACUCAAGAGAACUAUGACAUGACUGUGGUCGGUUUUCCUGUCGUCACGGUGGUACAGUCUGAGUAGAGAUGGUUUUUCGGUUUUUCAUUUCCUCU